UUUCGUUUAAAAACAAUGCGUGUUCCUCCUGUGACGUUGAAAGCACGGAAUUUGUAAUUCAAAUUAGUAGACAAAAAAAUUCGUUAAAUAUAUUCGGAAAUUAUUUACAUAAAAACUAUGAUAACAAGACUUUACAACACGGAAGAAGACCCCGCUUUGUGUUCAAUAAUUUGGGGUGCUAAUUUAACGGCAACGUCUGGCGGUCGUAACGGUAAUGCGGAUGGAAUAAGCGCAACACCAACUUUGGAUGGAAAUUUUGGGAACAGCGGUGAUAAUUUACGUGAUGACUUUUUCAUCGCAAAUGAGAGUGUGGAGGACCCACGUACAGAAGCGUUACGUGAAUACUCAUAUGGCAUUAUUUUGCCUAUUAUCUGCGCGCUCGGCAUCAUUGGCAAUGUGCUAAAUCUGAUUGUACUUACACGCAGGAAUAUGCGGGGCACGGCCUACAUUUACAUGAGAGCAUAUUCUACAGCAGCGUUACUUGCAAUAGUUUUUGCUAUUCCUUUUGGUAUACGAAUGCUUGUGCACAAGGACAGAGGACAAUGGGAAGAGUUUGGUCCAGCUUUCUACACAGCACACUUAGAAUUAUUUUUAGGCAAUGGCUGUUUAGGUGUUGGUGUUAUGAUGCUUUUGGUGCUUACAAUUGAGCGUUAUGUGUCCGUGUGUCAUCCAAGUUUUACACGUCCUGUGAUGGGACCACCAGGUCUGAUUGUAUUUUUAACAACGCUGGUCACCUUUAUCAUUUAUAUGCCAAGCGUGUUUCGCGGUGAACUCAUCAAAUGUGAGCUGCAGGCAGAUGGCAAUUUAGUAUAUUUUCGUCGGGAUAAUAAUGCAUUCCUUCGAACUAUUUUCUAUUCAGUUUACAAAGUUAUGCUGGAGGUGAUAUUUAAAUUGAUUCCCACCGUUCUGAUUGCGGGCCUCAAUUUGCGUAUUAUGAUGGUGUAUCGUCAAACUUGCGAAAAGCGACGUAAAAUGAUACUAACGCGUUCCACCUACAUUAAGGAUGAUGAUCCACGUAAAUUCGCAGAAGAACGAAGACUAUUUUUACUUUUAGGAAGUACAUCUAUUUUAUUUCUGUUAUGUGUUUCGCCAAUGGCCAUUUUGCACAUGACAAUUGCAUCUGAAGUUUUACCAAGUUUUUCAUUUCAGGUGAGUAGUUAUAUGGGCCAAAAGUUGUGGGCUUUAUAGUCAUUUUUGUAUUUUCUAUUAAACGGAAAUUGCAUUUGCAUAUAUGUAUGUAGUUAGUAUUCAACAUACUGUAUGCCAUGUAGAUGGAUUUUAUGCUGUGACAGCUUGAAAUUUUUGGAAAUAUUUUAAGUUUGCCAGGACACAACUUUGAAUUUCUACUUUUAAGUA